CCAUCAGUUACUGCAUGAGCAGAGUACAGCCGCUCUCUGGCGCACACAGCGCAGACAUGAGAGGGGACUCGGGACCCACCUCCACCCAUACGUCACCGGCAGUUGGUAUGCUCCGACCGGCGAGCAGGGGUAGCGCAUGCGCAGUGCUGAUCGUCGAAGCGGAGUGUCAUGGCGGCCAUGAUGGUGGUGGGACAGAGGGGACACCGGCUAGGGGUCCGUGGGUUCCUGUCACCCCGUUGUGUCAGCUACAGCUGCCUGGUGGUUAUAGUUCUCUCCUCGCUGCUACCCGCCGGUACCCGGGCCACUGUCUGCAGAGUCAAGACUGUAGAUGCGAGAGACUCGGAAGGGUGUGGAACAAAUCUGGAUUUGGAACACUCGUUUGAACUUGAUGCCAGUAUCCACUUCAAAAAGAGAGGAGCAUUGAUGCUGAGUCCCACAGCGGACCAAAGUAUUUCCAUCUUACAGAAGCAGCUGACAGAGGAUGAGAGGAACAAACUAAGGGAUAUUGCAAAUCUAAAUGGACUCUAUAGAAUCCGGAUCCCUCGUAAGCUGGGAGUUUCUGAAGAAUCCAAUGAAUAUGUCACAUCGUUUGUCCGAGCUUGUUCCAUGGUUGAAUCCCAUCUCUCUGAUCAGAUAACUCUUCAUACAGACAUUUCGGGGAACAUUGUUGGAGUGUCCAUAGUAACGCUUCCCGGGUCCUGUAAUGGCGCAGAGGUGGAAGAUGUGGACCUAGAACAGUUUAACACCACCGUCUACAUUCAACAGCCAAUUCCAGCAGCAAUGCCUGAAACGGCAGCUUUUAUAGAGCGCUUGGAGAUGGAACAGGCCCAGAAAGCAAAGACUCCACAAGAGCAGAAAUCCUUUUUCGCUAAAUACUGGAUGUACAUAAUACCUGUUGUUCUGUUUCUGAUGAUGUCUGGAGCGUCGGAUGCUGGGAACCAAGGAGGAAACGGAGGCGGCGGUGGGAAUGGUGGUGGGCGGUGAUUGGAUAGCACGGAGAGCAUCCCAGAUACUCUUGAAUGGAACACGGGAAGAUGCAAACUGUAGCACAACACUGUAACUACAUGUGGACUGAGUUUUCUCUGUCUGGGAACAGGAUAAUUUGUUCUAGAAUUUUCUAUUUUAUGCUGUUUCUUUUUUUUUUUUUUGUUAAUCCGAAGAUCACAUUUUACAUGUAUCAGAUAAGCCACAGUUCAACCUAAUUUAUUAAAAUGGUGGUUAUCUUAAGAAGAUUGAUAAGUGAAGAUUAUAUUGUAGGUUGGGAAAAGCAGUGUGUUUGUGUUCUUUUACAUCAUACGUACAUUUAUGGAUUUAUCUGCACAUGCCAGCUGUAUUGUGCAAUAAGCUGAAGUUCGCUGGAACAUAGCGGAGGCAUAAAGUGACUCAUGCCUCAGUAAUGUUACCAGUUUACACUGAAAGAACUUCUAUACUGAAUAAAGGUUCAGCCCAUAAA